AAAUAUUUCUUUGCUGCGGACGGCGUAUUAGGCUUCUGGCGUUAACAGAGUAUCUUCUCUCCCUAUCGAACUCCGUAUUUGCCACGUCAUCUCUAACGAACGAUCCAUUCGAUUCCAUUUCUCUUCCCUCUCUCUCUCAAACUGUCGUCGGCGAUCUGCAGAUUUACAAAGAGAAGCUCAAAUCAGUCGGCGCAGGCACUUGAGAAGACGAAACAAAGAAGGGAAGCAAAUUGCAUCUCUUUUGUUCACGUAUCUCUUCUGGUCUCCGUGAGAAAGAAACGCCAUGAAAUCUUCGAAACAAGGUGCGAAGAAGAAUCGCUGCCUUAGCGAUCACGCACUCACUCUCCAUCAACGUCUCUACCAAGCUCUCAACCUAGGAAUCAAAUCCUAUAAUAACAGAGAAAGGAAAUGGCGUUGUGCGGAUGUCGAAAUACAAAGGCUAGCACUUCGCUCAAUUUCGGCGUUUCUUGAUUGCAUUUCUUCAGAAACAUCAGAACUCACAAUUGUAAAGGAUUCCAUCAAUGAUAUGCUGGUGGCAUUGGAAGGAAUUCUCCAAUCUAGGAAUGAGGCCAUAUUGCGAAUGGCCAUAAAUGUCACAAUGAAGUUGGUUGAUGUCUCAGGCAAUUCCAUUCUCCAGUAUAAUGUUGUAAAGCUUGUUCAUCCUUUGGCAUCCUUGUUAUCUUUUCAUGAGUCAAAUGUUGUAGUUUCAUGUUCUAUAGCUUUGAACCAAAUCCUUUCAAAACUAAGUCGAAUCAAAAGGCAAGAGGAAAUCUGCACAAUUUUGAGAGAAACAAACACAAUUGAGCAUAUUGUCUGUGGCUUACUUGACUUCGCAACUGGAACUAAAUCGCUUGAAUAUUUUCAAGAGAUGGCAUCACUUUUGACGACAAUCCUAUGGCGAUGGCCUCCCUUUAGGUAUCCUGUUUGGAGUAAUGGUAAAUUGUUGGAAGUGUUGGGAGCUCUCUGCAUAAAGCCUGAUUCUUCUGUUGCUGUUGUUCUUUUGCCAUUAUAUUCCGCUUUAGCUUCAUGUGGCGCCGGGGCUAUGAAGCUGCUUGAGAAUGGAGAAGCCCUUCUACCAAUGUUGGUACGCUGCAUGGGCUGCUCACAACCUGAUUCCAUUCGGAUGGAAGCAUUUAAACUUGCACAAGGUUUUGCGAGAUCUCAACAAGGAUGUCUAAAAAUGAUGAGUUUAUGUUGUGAACCUAUUGUCCAAGCUAUUGUUAGUGCCUUGAGUGGUUGUAAAUCUAGUUCUGGAAAGAUUGCCUCGUAUCAAGUACCUUUACUAGUGGAGGCUUGCCGUCUGGCUUUAAUUACUCGUUGGGCCGGGGUUCAUCAUAAUUUCUUUUGGAAACUUGGGGUUCACCAAAUUCUUCUUGAUCUUCUUCUAAGUAAUUCCUACAAAUUCAAGACAUCACAACAUUUUAUGUCAACAAAAGAUCUGUUAGCCACAGUGCAGGAGGGCCUUGACUCUAAUCAGUUGCUAGUUUUAAGGCCAUACAUCUGGGAUAUUCUUGGAUGGCUCACAAUUCACUGUCAAGAAGCUUUUAACCCUGACAUACAUGGAUGCUCCCUGAAUGUUCUUAUUUCUUGUGCAUGCUUGGUCUUUGUGGAUGCAAUUCAUAGCAUGCGCCAAGUUUCUCAAAGUGAUAUCUCUUACAUUUCCACUCAUGAACCAAUAUCUAGAGCAGUUUUCAUGAUGAUCUAUUCUCCGUGCCAGUAUAUUGUUACUCAUGCAAAGAAUAUCCUGUCUGAAGUACUUAUGCCAAAUGAAGAUAAUCUGGAGUAUUUACUUCGUACCUUAAAGUCCACUUCUGACAGCAAUAAAUACAGAGCAUUUGGAAACAUUCAAAUUGCAUUGAACUUGAUGGGCUUAGCAUGUUAUUCAGGCUUGUCAAAGUAUCAAAGUGUUAUUCUCAAAAGUGAUGGUAUAAAAAUCCUAUUGACCUUUAUUAGGUGGUGCUUGAAAAAUGAUGUUAGUAUGAGAAGAUUGAGCAUUGCUCGUCAUCUACAUCACACAUCUAAUGAGACAAUUUGUUGUUGCAUUGUUAAUGAAGACUGGGAAGGUGAAGACAUACUUCUGUUUUUCAGUCUGUGGGUGCUAGCUGAGUUGGUACGAAGUUCAAAAUCUGCAAGAAAUCAUCAAGAGGUGACCUCUGGCCUGGUGGAUCAUCCUCUGGAAUUAGAAAGUUCUGAAGGUCAAAUAUUAAUCAGCAUGUUACAACAGAUAUGUGGUGGCACCUUUAGUGCUGGACCUAGAUGGUAUGCCUCAUAUAUUCUAAGCUACUUUGGUUGUUAUGGUUUUCCCAAUAAACUUGGGAAGAGAAUUGGAGAAGCACUUAACACAAAUGAACUUGCUGACUUGCAACUCAUUCUUGCAAGUGGGGAAUCUGUGAGAGUUCAUGAUGUCAUUCUUAUGGUUAGAUGUCCAUCAUUGCUGCCCAUGCGUGAAUUGCCACAAAAUGACAAAAUAUGUGAUGGUUCUGCUGCAAGGCAGAAGAUUGAGAAGAGCAAAGAGUUCAGAGAAAUUCGUUUAUCUGCCCAUGUUGAUCAUCAGGUAUUGUUGAAACUGUUGGAGUUCGUUUAUACAGGAUAUGUUCAAGGAGUGACGGGUUUGUUGAAGCACUUAAAAAUUCUCGCUAGACGCUGUAAUGUACAGGCUUUACCUAAUAUGCUUUCUGGAAAACGCCCAAAGUGGGAUAGUGCUAUCGCUUUCUGCGACUUCACUCCUGCUUUUGAACCAGCUGGCUACUAUUUCUCGGAUAUCAUCUUGGAAGCUAAGGAAACAGAAGUACGGCAUUGGACAUGCAGUGUUUGCUCACAAAGUGUGCCACAUAUGCAUGUCCACAAAAUCAUUUUAUGGGCAAGUUGUGAUUAUCUGAGGGCGUUAUUUCAGUCAGGAAUGCAAGACAGCCUUUCACAAACCGUUAGGGUUCCGGUUGGUUGGGAAGCACUAUGGAAACUUGUAAGGUGGUUUUACUCAGAUGGCUUACCAAAACCAAUUACUGGCUGUUUGUGGGAUAAUAUGGAUUUGGAGUCGCAACUACAUGAGUUGCAGCCAUAUAUAGAACUCUGUUGGCUUUCUGAAUUUUGGUUCUUAGAAGAUGUUCAGGAGAAUUGCUCAAGUAUUGUUGCAUCUUGCCUCAAAUCUAGCCGCCACUUGUCUUUUAAGGUCAUCUCAUUUGCUGCCCAGUUCUCUCAGUGGAAGAUAGUUGAAAUUGCUGCAAAUUGCAUGGCCCCUCUAUUUCCCCAUCUUCGUGAUUCUGGUGAACUAGAAGCCUUGGAUGAAGGGUUGGUUGACAUGGUGCGUGCUGCUUAUGUUCAGUUUUCUCAAGUGGGUGCUUUUGAUCAUUCAGAAUGAGGACUGGAAGGAGUCAAGGUUCUUAGCAUUGUUGUAGCCUGUCAAAGAUGAAUUCUGCCUUGCCUUCUGUUCGUCAAUAAAAGGCAUACCCAGUGCACGAGGCUCCCAACACUGCAGAGGGGAGGGUGACAUGGACCCCUACUCUCGCUUUCUGUUCGUUGAUGUGUCCAGUAAAAGUAGGUAAUGGCCUGAAUGUGGAAUAUUCUAUUGGUGUAGUUCUUAGUCAUUUUGAAUAUGCUGAUGGGUAGCAGAUCCAACAAAGCGCUUUACCUUUUAUCUUUUCCUCAUUCCUCCAUCGUGGUGAAAGCACAGAAUCACUCUACUGGAUGUCCCUUCAGAAGCAUGAGCAUGGAGUGUUUUGCAGAAAUUGUGCAACUUCAAUGAUGUGGAUCAACUUUUUAUUUGAGUUCACAUCAAAAUUUUCAGUGGUAAUUUGUGUUUGCCUUUUUCUCCUGAUAAGUUGUGUUUUUAAGGUGGAAAUGAAGGAAUAUAGAACAGUUUCUCACUGCAAAUAUAAGAGAGAGUUUGUAACCAAGUUUUGAAAAUUUUGAAAUUCUCAAUGUAGUCAAAUGCGCAACAUGUUGGAUGCUAAUAUUUUUGUACUUUCCAAGGUGAAAAUAAGGCAAGGCAUCAAGAUUAUGUAUA